GCGCAUGGCGGGCGGGGACGCGGCGAGGCCGGGCAGGGGGGCGCCCGGGGCGGCGGCGGAGCCCGAGACGCGCGAGUUCCUCUUCAAGGUGCUGGUGGUGGGCGAGCUGGGCGUGGGCAAGACGAGCGUGAUCCAGCGCUACGUGCACCAGCUCUUCUCGCAGCACUACCGCGCCACGGUCGGCGUGGACUUCGCGCUCAAGGUGCUCGCGUGGGACCCGCGCACACGCGUGCGCCUGCAGCUCUGGGACAUCGCGGGGCAGGAGCGCUUCGGCAACAUGACGCGCGUGUACUACAAAGAGGCCGCCGGCGCCUUCGUGGUCUUCGACGUCUCGAGCGACUCCACGUUCCAGGAAGUCCUGAAGUGGAAGAGCGACCUGGACAGUAAAGUCUUCCUUCCCAACGGCAGCCCGAUCCCCGUGGUCCUCCUGGCCAACAAAUGCGACCUGAAGAAGCACGGCGGCCUGGGUGCCCCCCAGCUGGACCGCUUCUGCAGGGAGCACGGCUUCACCGGCUGGUUCGAAACCUCUGCCAAGGAUAACGUGAACAUAGACGAGGCUGCCCGGUUCCUGGUGGGCACCAUUCUCGCGAACCAACAGAGUUCUGCCAAGGAGGAGAACGAGGAUGGCAAGAUCAAGCUGGAGCUGGACCCCCAGGGAACAAGGAGCAAAUCCCAGUGUUGCUAACACGGUGUCUGCUGUUUGGGGCAGAGUGACCUGACUCAGUUCCAGGCAGAACCCAAGACCCACUUACAGAUGGUGGGGUGCACCGGGGAUCGCCAUGCAGGCUGGUGCUGACACAUUUGAAAGGAGAACAUUCUGGAAGUAUCACUUCUAGUGGCGCCAUGACGUAUGGGACAGACUCCUGGCCUUCUGCCUUGCAUGGAGGACAGUGAUGAUAUCCUUUCAGAUGCCUUUUUAAAUGUCAGUUCCUCAGGAUUUGAUGAGACUUCCACCUUGGGGCUUUUAGCGUCAGCCCAGGGAGUGAUAAUAAAACCUUCUCUGUGGU